UACAAUAAACUUCAUAUUAUCGGUGAUUUUCGGGCUGCAAUUACAGUAAAAAUGUCGUUCAAAGUGAUAGCUAGGUGUUUCAAUACGCUGACAUAUGUCGGAAGCUACCAGAAGAUCAGAGGCAGACCAUACAGAUUAUACUGUGCAGCAAUACUUGGCUCGGGCUAUGUAGCAUACAAUCAGUUCAAACAGAACCAGGCUGAAAUGAAGGAAAUCAUGCAGCUGAAGAACUACAUGGCUGAACCCAUCACUCCCAAGGAUCAACUGGAGAAAAACAUGGAUGAUAUGAAGACACAGAUGGAGUUGCUUAUCAUGAGGAUACAGGCGGAGUUCUGUCGCGCCUUAGAACAGGAGGAAGACCGGGCAUGGGAGGAUGAGAAAACAGCCGAUGAAUAUGAUUUUGAAAAUGAUGUAUUUUUAAUAUCUCCGGAAGCAAAAUUCAAAGUGGACAGGUGGCUUCGUAAGGAAGGAGGAGGAGGCAUCACUUGCGUGCUGCAAGACGGACGCGUCUUCGAAAAGGCAGGCGUCAACAUAUCCGUGGUGUCUGGCACUCUUCCUCCGGCGGCAGUUCAGCAAAUGAGGAGUAGGGGUAAAAAGCUUGAAAACUCUGAGCUGCCGUUCUUCGCGGCGGGGGUCAGCGCCGUCAUCCACCCUCGCAACCCCAUGGUGCCCACCAUACACUUCAACUACCGGUACUUUGAGGUCACAGAUAAAGAUGGUGUCCAAUGGUGGUUCGGCGGCGGCACGGACCUGACACCAUACUACCUGAACGAGGAAGACGCGGUGCACUUCCAUCUGACACUCAAACACGCCUGCGACAUGCAUGAUGAAACAUACUAUGAUAAAUUCAAGAAGUGGUGCGACGAUUACUUCUACAUUCCCCACCGAGGCGAGCGGCGCGGCGUCGGCGGCAUCUUUUUCGAUGACAUAGACUCGCCCAAUCAACAAGAAGCAUUUAAAUUCGUCAGAUCCUGCGCUGAAGCUGUCAUUCCUAGCUAUCUACCUAUCGUAAAAAAACACAAAGAGGACGCAUACGGCUACUACGAGCGCCAGUGGCAGCUGCUCCGGAGAGGCCGCUACGUGGAGUUCAACCUCAUGUAUGAUCGCGGCACCAAGUUCGGGCUGCACACGCCGCAGGCGCGCUACGAGUCCAUACUCAUGUCGCUGCCACUUAAUGCUAAAUGGGAAUACAUGCAUGAAACGAAACCAGAUUCGCCUGAAGAGAAGCUAUUGAAAGUCCUGAAAGAGCCCAUCGAUUGGUUAAAGACAAAAAAAGAGCGGGCCGCAGCAUGAAACAUUAAAUUAAAUGGGUAGUGGGUUCAAGAAUCACAGUGUAAACGACGCAUCAUGUAAAAUACUGUUUUAUAAAUGUUAAAUUAUACAUUAUUAAAAAAAAUUGUAUUUUUCU